GUGUGUGUGUAUCUGUAAGAAAAUGCAUGCAACACUUAGCAUUGCUCCAUAUGGAAAAGCUUCCACUGAAGUUAAUUCCUGUUACGCAGUUUGUUGAUACGGUAUAAAAAAAUGUUAACUAAUUUUUUCAAAAAACCGUGCAUCACUCAACAAUGUUUUUAAAUAUAAUCAAAAAAUUGUUCAAAUCAAGCGAAAGGAAUUUUGACGAUGACGCAUUGAAUGAGUUUUGGCCGACAGUCGAUGGAGGUUUUCCGUUAACUGAAUUUGGCAGGAAAUUGUUGCAGAAAUGCACUCAAGUGCAAAAACCAGAAGCAAGCGCAGUUGACAUAGACAGUUUCAUGGAUCAAUCAUUGAGCUUCCCACUGAAGUUUGGCAGGGAUACUUGCCGUGUGAUGAGUCAGCCUAAGGAACGUUUUGCAGCAAUCGAAAAACAAAUCGCUUCUGCCUAUCCAGUAAUACAUGAACGUGUUUUGGGAUUGUAUUUGGCUUUCUUGGAACACAAAUGCAAUUAUGGCAACGAUCUAGAACACGCCGUUUAUGUUGGCAUGACCCUCACAGGUCUCGUACAGCGAUUACUAGAGAAACGUUGUGUCGCCUUCGUGGGUCCACUCGAUGACUAUCUGCUUUUAAAGGGCAGGAAGACAAUGGCAAAUUUUUUCGAUGUAGGCACAGAAGAUGAGAAGACGCCAUUGUUUUUGAAAGAUGUAUUGAGCUAUGACGAGAUCAAGCUCUCUGCCUUUCUUUCGGUGUCAUCGCACACGGAGUUUCUCAACAACGGUAGGCGUUUUAACUGUGGCAUCAUUGAGGAGGAUAAAACAAAAAUCGAGACUACUGGCGUUAUAAUCGGCAUUAUCGGUGGUCGCUUCGAGGCGGAAGACGUAAUGGAAUGGCAAGAUAUAAUGAUUACGCCAAUGCAAAAUACAAAAGCGCGCGGCUAUGGUUACAACGCCAAAACCGCAAAGAAGGCCAACAAACGCAGCGUGGACUAUCGCCAAUUAUGGACGCGUUUUUAUGAAGAACACGAUUUAAUUUAUGAUAAAGUAGAAAAUAUCGUGUCACCUCGUUUCUUUAAAGACGAACGCACACGUUUCAUUUUCGACAAUUUGGUGAUGAAGAAACGUUACGCCAUCACUUUCGAUACACUGCUUCUGGAGGCAGAUGCGCGAGGAACUGCCGCGGAGAAACAAGUAUACCUGCAUGUAGUCGGUAUUGGGUUGGGUGCUUGGCGUGCAGUAAAACAUCAAGAUAAAAUAUUUUUGAAAACAUUUAGUGAACGCUUGAAGGCACUUUUGCUGCAUCUGACACAUAUUUCGGUGGUGCACUUCUCGAAUUUCAGACCUUCGUCUGCGGAGCCUCAUCUCAGAGAUGGUGGAUUGUUUGAAGCGGAAACACACCCUAACGGUGGUAUCAAAACGUUCAUACAUGAUCGUUACCCAGCGGAAAAAUUGGCACCGGAGUAUGAAAGAAUGCUAAUAGUCGAAUCGUACGCCUGGGAUGCAAAUGCCUUGCCAGGCAAUGAAUUUUGGAAGGGCUGGCUUACAAGUUCCGGUGACCCUGCCGCCGCUUGCAGCACGCUCAUCGCAGAACUGCAUAAUCCUCACAUCAAUACAAAAAUGGUGAAUGGCGAAAAUUUGCAUAUAGCUUCAGGCAGAUUUGGUGUAUUACAUAUUGCUGAGUAUUCCAAAAAAAUUUUAGAGCAAAAGGCUUAAAGAAUGUCUCGCAAUUAGUUAUACAUAUUAGUGCGGUUUCUGUAAAUUUAUGUUGUGUAUGUUAACAUGUUAAUCUGUGCAUAUUAAGUUGUGCUAAUGUAUAGAUAUGAAUUAAAAUAAAUAAUUGUUAUGUAGCCUUUUACCAUAACUGUA